CGAAUAUCCGUGACUUUACUGAAGUUUAUGUUUUAGUACAAAGUACUGUGAUUGUUGUAGUCAACGUAUAUACUUCUCCUUGGUAAUCUGUACAGUUCAUUAUCAGAAUAUAAAUAGCUGGUGUUUGCUAACGCCGCUGUGGUAGUUAAUAAUUAUCUAUCAAGCUGACUGGUAAGUGUUUACUCAUCAUAUAAUGUAACUAACCAAACAUUUAAAAGAAUUGAUAGAAUUGACUGAGGAUUCAAUCAGUAAUGAUUUAAUUGCAAAGUAUUAAUAGUCCAGAUUAUUGUAUAAAUGUAAAUGUAGAAGUAUAUUUGGUAUACUAAUUAAAAUAACCUAAUUAUAUCGUAUGGUUUAUGUAAUGCAUCUGUUUUGAGUUAUGUUUAAGUGAUUGUCAUCUUAACUAGUUCUUGAAUCUUGAAAUAAGGAAUAGCAGUUGACAUUAAAAAAAGCUGGCAUAUAUUACAUGAUCUAUUAGUGUACAUAGGUAAUAAUAGUGUUUACUUUUUUGCAAAACAAUGUACUGAUGCAUGAUGACUAUAGUCAAAAUGUAAAGUAAACUACAGGUAUACAAACUUUGUAUAAACACAAAUCUUUCCGCUGACAAUAAGUAAUAAAGGACCACUCAGGCCAGUACCUAUAAGACUUUAGAUUUAUCGAUUUGUGCGCGAGGAUUCAAUCCUUGAAUCAGUAAUGAGGAUUCAAUCAGUAAUGAUUCUAUUGCAUAAUAUUAAUGGUCCAGAUUAUUGGGAGCAUGUUUGAUUUUCUAUUAGGCUUAGAAACGAUAUUUUCUGCAUUUUGAGAACAAAAAAUCAAUCUCAAAAACAAUGAUGCAAUUACUAAUAUUAUAACGAAAUACUUUUAACGAAAAUUCUUACCGAGUGAGCGACUCGGUAACUCUGAAAAGGCUGAUCAUAACAGGAAGCAGCUUGACGGUAGUCAAGGAUGUAGAAGAUAUAUGCAUGUGAGUGAAACAAAGCGCCAGUUUAACCUUUUCUAAGGAAGCACAGAUCACACAUGUACAUUGUUACAGCGCGGUGCUUCUCACCGCUGAGUUUAGCCUGCCACUAUAUUAUAGGUCGAGGGCAGGGCAUUUUAGACUAUUUUCUUAAGUUGGGUAACUUUCCUCUUUGAGAAAAAACUUGUAUAAACACACUACAGUUUGUGUGGGUUGCUAUACCGUGCUUCAUAAAGUUUUUUAGAUCAGAGGCAGUUCAACCGUUGCAAAAAUGUUUAAAACACCAGACAACUACGAAUGUGGACAUCAUGUUUGAUAAAACAAAACUAUUUUAUUAUAAAUUAUUUUGAUAAAAUUUAAUUUGGGUUAUACCAACAAACGGACAGUUUUAGAAUGCUUAAAAAAUCACUUCGUACAGCCGGCCCAUGGUUGGCUGUGCCUAAAAAUGAUUUUCGUGUCGGAUUUCGAGAAACGAAUGAUUCCUUUCAUAAAGUCAUAGGGAAGCAUGCCAAUUGUAACGAUCAAGAUGGCCCGAUGUGAAAUGGGCACACACAGGGCCGUACAAGGGGAGCCCCCCCCCAGAAAAACUGUAUUUACGAUUUUUAGAAUGUCAUUAUUAAUUAUUCUUUGAAUAUUUGGGACUUUUUUCGGCAUAUAGGCCUACUGCCCCCCUGGUAUCCUGCGUACGGCCCUGGGCCCACAAGAACGAGAUAUCAACGUUAUUUUCGCAAUGACGUCAUAUAUACAAGCUAUACUGUAGAUGUAGACGAAUUUCGAUUUUCGAUUGGCCACUUUACUAAAAAUUCCUCAACUUUUGUGAAAAUUAUAUGAAGAUUUCAUGGACUGAAAAAGUUUUCUUAAAUAUAAAGUACCGAGUGCAAAAAGACAAAAAUGGAAGGCUUAAAAUUCAAUUUAAAUUCAUAGCAGGUAAAUUUAAAUUUAAGGAUGCUUUAUAUGAACUACUAAACAAAACAAUUUGACCUACACUAAUUCCUUCCUGGACCGCCAGUCACUAAAACUUGGACUUUGUUCUUCAUUAACAUUCCAUGCAUGAUUUAUUUCAUACCUUUCACGCAUUAGUUUUUCAUGCAUGAUUUAAACUUCGUUCAAUUCAUGUUCAUACUGCAUAUGCAAAAAGUCCAGUACUUUGGCAGUAAAAUGCAUUCAAACCUUUCCUCUUCCGACUAAAAUGCUCCAUAAAUGUUCCAUUUUUGCAAAGUGUUGCAAAAUGUUGCAUUCCCAGAAAUGUCCACAAAAAGACUUCUUCUAUUUUUAGUACACUAUGCAGUCAGAGACAACAACUAAAAUUUCUCGAUUACUUUCAGUCACUGGCUGCGGAAUCGCGUGGAAUCGUCGGGGCCCGAUAAAAAUCUUGAAAGUUGAACAUGAAGCGUUCUCACUUGUAAGGAAAUUUUGAUAAACUCAGGACCCUUUUAAUGAUUUUUUUGAGAAAAUUUACGAUUUGAUCCAAUAACUUGAAAAUGUUGAAAGAAUAUACAAAAGUUCAGUGAAUUUAGCCAAAAACACCUCUCAAAAAUGCAGGUACUGCAGUCCAUGGCAAACAAGCAUUUUCUGGAGUAAGUUGGAAACGUAAGGUGUCCUAUCCCUACCCCCAUCCGCUCCCUCUCAAAAUUCGAGUUGCCGGCCACGGGAAGUCGUUUUUGUAUCUUUAUCUAUCUUUUAGCGUGUUUUUACGUAUUAUGUAAGUUCAGUGUUGUCCUUCAUCAUGUUCAAAACAGUGUCGCAGACUAAAAUGAUAUUUUAUUACUGUCUUCAAGGCACUUUUGAACUGUCAGCAAAACGUAUUCUAUACGAUCAAUUCACAUGUACUGCUUUAUCUGCUGAAUGUAAUAAAACUAUAGUGCAGACAGUUGCGAGUUGCUUCAUGCGACAACCAAACCCACACGUACCGAUUUUCAGAACUCAAUUUUUCGUAUUUUGAACUUAUAUCUUUUAUUUUCAUUCAAUAAGUAAAAUAUUGUGUAUGUAUGUAAGCCAAAAACUCAAGUAAGAAUUACUACAAAUUGCGCAUCAUAGUCAGGGCCGUAGCGCCCACGCUUGUUAAUUAAGCUCCUUUAAAUUUUAAUAUGUUGUUGCUCUAUCAACCAUAAAUCUUUAAAAAAAUCAGAGAAAUUUACCGAAGGAAAAAAUAUUGUGUCGUUUGAUGGUGGAAUUAGACUAGUAAACGUCAUGAUUGCCAUGGCAACACACACACUGUUCCUAUUUGCGUAUAUAUCGACAGCAAAACACGUCCGACCUCUCCAGGAAAUGAUCUUAUUGGCCAGUCUUAUAGUCUCCCUCGCAGCCGCCAGUUGCGUAGGUUCUCUCUCCCCCAAGGGGAGAGACUAUGGGCGAGCACACUGACGUCUGCGUGCGAAGGAGACAACAUGUCUUAAUGUAUUUAAUAUAACAUUAGUUAAAAGCGAAGGUUACCCAAAAACUAGUUUCAUAUUAAUCUGACACUGCAAUCGACCAACGAAACAUUCGUUGGCUCGAGCGGGAUUUGAACUCGCAUCUUCGGGUAUCUCAGUCUCGAUUGCAGUGUCAGAUAAUAUGAAUUCGAAACUAGUUUUUCGUAUCUCUGAGGAUGGUUCUGAAAUAGAAAGGUUAUCGAAAAUACUUAAAAUUUUAGUUAACUCUAUAGGGAGCCACCAAGUGAGAUUACCAAAAACUAACCCUUAGACCUUAGCCUCGAGCACCUGUAUCAUGGCAUCUGGCUUAGCUGUAUCGAACAACCACGCUCUAUUUAAUUAAGUGCAAAAAAUCUUUCCAAAAGAAGUAUAUACAUGCUUUCAAUCCAAUCAACUUUUUUUUAUACUUUCAGCUAUCAAAGACAAACAGUAUUUGUCUAGAUAUGAUUGCACAAGCAUGCAAUAACGAACGUGAAAAGAAGAAGCUGCUAGAAGUGUACUUUAACAAUGGACGCUCUAUUAGAAAGAACGGUCAGUUUCAACUGGCAAUUGAAAAGUUUCAAGAAGCUUUCAAAUUGGCUGAGGAACUAAAAGACGAAAAACAAGUAACCAAUGCAAAUAUUUAUUUAGGAAAUGCUUAUAGAUCAAACAAUCAAAUUCAAACGGCAAGUCAGCACUAUGAAAAAGCCUUGGAAGUUGCAAUAGAACGAGGGUAUAAAUUGGAGGAAACACGCGCAUAUCGUGGGUUAGGACACGUUUGCAGAUUGAACAAUCAGAUUCAAACAGCAAUUCAGCAUUAUGAAAAAGCCUUGGAAAAUGCAAUAGAACGAGGAUAUAAGCCAGAAGAAACUAAGGCAUACCGUGGAUUAGGAAGUGUUUAUAGAUUAAACAAUGAGAUUCAGACGGCAAUUCAGCACUAUAAAAUAGCCUUGGAAAUUGCAAUACAACGAGAAUAUAGAUUACAGGAAACGAAGGCACGCCUUGGGUUAGGAGAUGCUUAUAGAUUAAACAAUCAGAUUCAAACGGCAAUUCAGCACCAUGAAAAUGCUUUGGAAAUUGCAGUAAAACGAGGAUAUGGACGAGAAAAAACAAAGGCAUUCCUUAAGUUAGGAGAUGCUUAUACAUCAAACAAUCAGAUUCAAAUCGCAAUUGAACACUAUGAAUACGCCUUGCAAAUUGCAAUAGAACGACGAGAUAAAAAAGCAAAAAUAAAGGCAUAUCGUGGGUUAGGAAAUGCUUAUAGAUCAAACAAUCAGAUCCAAAUGGCAUUUCAGCACUAUAAAAAUGCCUUGGAGAUUGCAAAAGAACGAGGAUUUAAAAGAGAGGAAACACACGUACACCUUGGAUUAGGAGGUGCUUAUAGAUUGAACAAUCAGAUCCAACCGGCAAUUCAGCACUUUGAAAAAGCCUUGGAAAUUGCAAAAGAACGAGGAGAUAAAGAAGCAAAAAUAAAGGCAUACCGUGAGUUAGGAUAUGCUUAUAGAUCAAACAAUCAGAUUCAACCGGCAUUUCAGCUGUAUGAAAACGCCUUGGAGAUCGCUAAAGAACGAGGAUACAAACGAGAAGAAACACACAUAUACCUUGGGUUAGGGGGUGCUUGUAGAUUGAAUAAGCAGAUUCAAACGGCAAAGGAAUACUAUGAAACAGCAUUGGAAAUUGCAAAAGAACAAGGAUAUACAGAUUUAGCAACGAAUGCAAUUGAAGAAUUGUCAAGACUUAAAGGUAUGCUUAGGUGAAGACAAUGUAGGUUAGUAAGGUUAUAGUUAUUUCGAGAGUAAAACGUUCAAUCUGGCACUUGAUGUUGCUGUUUUCAAAUUUUCUGCGCAAUAAUGCAAAAUAAAAUAGUGUUCGAUUGAGGAGCAUUUUUGAGAUUGUUUCAGAGAAAAUAAUGAACUUUUUAAGUUCUAAACGAUAUUCACUAGACUUUUAAAGAUGAUGUCGAGUAUGUUCUGUGCAUGUGUUAUGCGAGGGCCCCUGCAUGGUGUAAACAAUACCCAAAUUUGGCGUUGUUUCAAAAUCUUCUAAAUUGAAACUCUAACCUAUACUCAUUUAAAAAUCAGAACGAUGCUAACAUCGUUCUGAUUUUUAAAUGAGUAUAGGUUAGAGUUACAGCUGGAAUGGGCAAACCGAGGCCGCUUUUGCAUAUUUUCGAUGUUUUCAAACUAAGGCAAAACCAAUCACCAGCGGAUUAUUUAGACCUAUAUGGGUAUGUCAUAAGUUCAUAAUAACCCGCUUGUGAUUGUUUUGGUUUAGUUUGACAACAUCAAAAAUAUGCAAAUGCGGCCUCGGUUUGCCCGUUGAAACACGUUCAAAACGCGUGUUUUGUGUGGCGAAUAUCUCAUUUCGUAUUCAUCUGACGCAUAUACCGACAAUGGUGACACCGGUUGUUAGCCUACUGGUGAUCCUGGCAGUUUACGAAACGGAAGAUUGCGUCGUCUUCUAAUAAUUGGGGAAAUUUGUUCAUAUGGAACACUUCAAACUUUCCCUGCUCCCCGCAUUACCAUGCAUAAAUGGCUUACUAUAAGCCUUUCGAUUUGUGCGCAAGGUGGUUGGUAAAAACGAACGUUUUCCACUUGGAAGUUUGGUAAUCAAAACAAUUUUGCGUUGAAAAAAUUGAAGGACCCUUUCAACCACCGUUCUCUCUCUCUAGUGUUCGGUCCUGUAUGGGACACUCUGCAUGGCAUGCACGUUCUUCGCGUAUUUCUGCACUUCGUGUAUUUUCCAUAAUAGGAUUGUCUCCAAAUCGUUUUAUUUAAGGCCUUUGCCUCUUUUUGUUCCUUGUAGAGAGCCCAGAAUCGUGGAAAUGGGAAGAGAGUUCGAAAGUUCAUCGAGAAAAGUUCAUUAAACUGCUCCAACAUGGAAAAGACUGUCCGGAAGAGAUCAAGGAUGUUAAUGGAGUGCGCGUUUGUUGCUCAAAGGAAUUCCUCAUUGGGAAGGGAAGUGAUGGCACUCGAGUCUAUGUAGGAUUGGGGAAAGAUGGAUACGAAAGGGCUGUUAAACGUUUGCCUAGAGAUGCUUGUAGCGGUUUAGCUGAGCAAGAAAAGAAAGUUUUGAACAAACUCAAUGCAACAGAGUCAAACUAUGUUGUAAAUUAUUGGUUUUUAGACGAACAAAGCGACAAGCACUACUUAUUUUUAAUCUUGGAUUUAUGUGAAGAAACGUUGGCAAAUUUUGUAGCUGGUAACAGUUUGGAAGUUCUAGUAGCAAUUGCGCCAGAUAUCAUUCGGCAAGUUUUGAAAGGAUUGGCUGAUCUCCAUGGCCAUCCAAAGCCCGUUUUGCAUCGUGAUUUGAAACCAUCCAAUAUCUUGCGAGACAUCGACGGUAAUUGGUUGCUGGCCGAUUUUGGAAUCAGUCGAAUCUUAACGACAGGUGCCACUACCCAUCCAAGUGAGCAAAGGGGAACGGAUGAUUGGAGAGCCGUUGAAUCUUCAUAUCAUUCGAAUUGCAUGACUGACAAUAGCGAAGUACGUUAUAAGAAAGAAUCCGAUAUUCAGGUAGGAUUUCGUUUGUGUUAAACACGAGUUAGAGUAAAUAAUAAGUAUAGAUUUUUCGUUGCUUUCCAAAGAAAGUGACAGAACUCCGACGAGUACUAGGGGGCUUACUCAUAGAAAAUUAUUAAUGCACCAAUUCGUCAAGCAAAUAUUCUAGGAGAAUUAAGAAAACAACUAUGACACACACAAUGUUGUGGGAGAAGUGUUGUCGAGGAGAAAUGCUCCGAUUAUACUUUAAACUGUGGCCAUGGUGUCACCCCACAGACUCACUAUUACAGCAUUAUGAUUAUGAUAUAAUUAUAUGUCCUCAGGGGGUCGUGGUUCCCCCAUGUUAGACUUUACCCAAGGGGUAGUAGAUCCCCGAGAUGGGCAUCCUGAUUGUCCAAGGGGUAGUAGAUCCCCGUGAUGGUCAUUGUUUGCUUUAAUGUCCAAGGGGUAGUUGAUCCCCGUGAUGGUCAUCGUUUACUUUAAUGUCCAA